CCGUCCCCUAAAAGGCCAAUGGCAAGCGGUCAAGGACCUUCGAUACCCUGGAGGUGCCACCUCGACUGAGAUCAGCCAGCUUGGUUUUCAAUGGACACAUCCAGAAUAUGCUGACAUUGCCUGGAACCCGUCGUCCACGUACCACGGAACGCUAGACGAUGCCUGGGGGACGGCAACCCUUUGCUACCCGCAUUUCUGCCACGUCACUUGGCUCGUCAACUCUACCGCACGUCCAAUGGCCCUGGGCAGCUCAUCACGACCGGACUAUUUUAGAGAGCUUGGUUUACCCGAUCCCUUCACGCAAGAGUCUCUUUUCACUGUGCUGUUGUGGAUUCCGUAAGGGCUUCCGGUCUCCGACUCAGCCGCCUGUUGGAUAUUCUCCUUGGCUGGAUGCGAGUAGCCAGCGGCAAAUGGUUCCACAUCUGUGCGUAUUUCUUCGGAAUCACCGCUGCGGAGGAAAGGGACGGACUCUGCCAGGCACGUGGCCAACAUUCACAAAGGCUGUAGUGUUGGAGGCCUGGGCCCCGCCCCGACUGGUCCCAGGUGUGUUCUGGCUUUCAUUGAGCCUGGGUUACGGGUGCCUACCUCUGGGCUGGAACCGAGGUCUUGAAAUGUCACCACUGAGGAGAACUCCGCCUAGGCUCACUGCUGCGUGGGGAGAGGUAAACGUUUCCUUGUCCUUCUUCAACGAUAUGUAGGUGUGGUUGUGCAACCA